AUGAAGUUCACUCUCUCCACCGCCAUCCUCACCGGGCUCGCCACCCUGGCCUCGGCCCAGUCCCCUCAAAUGCCCGGCCUCGCCCCCAACUGCAACCGCUACCACUACGUCCAAAGCGGCGACACCUGCGCCGUCAUCGCCGCCGCCAACGGCAUCUCGAUCGCCCAGUUCCUCUCCUGGAACUCCGAAGUCAACGCGGGCUGCACCAACCUCUGGCUCAACUACUUUGUCUGCACCGGCGUCUCCUCGAGCGGCGGCACCACCACCGCCACCGUGACCAGCACCGCUGACAACGGCGGCACAACAACAACCAACACUGUCACGAGCACCAAUGACAAUGGCGGCACAACAACAACCGCUACUGUUACCAGCACCGUUGGGAACGGCGGCACCACCACCACCUCUGGUGGCCCUACCAGCACCCCUACCAACACCUCCCCUCAGAUGCCCGGGUUGCCGUCUACCUGCUGGUUGUUCCACACUGUUGAGACCGGGGAUACUUGCGAGAUUAUUGCUGCCAGCUAUGGGGUCACGCUUGCGCAGUUUUAUGCUUGGAAUCCCGAGAUCAACUCUACUUGCACCAACUUGUGGUUGGGAUUUGCUGUUUGUGUUGGGGCGUAA